AUGAUUUGUAUUGAAAAAUUUGGAGAUAUUUAUCUUAGCGGGCUUCAUUUCGAUAUGAAGCCAUCUGAUUUCCAAUUAGAAAUAAAAGAAAAAAGAAUUAUGUGGAAUGGUAAAAGCUUUGGUAGGGAGAAUACUUUUGAUAUUGAAAUCGAGCUGGGUUGUGAGAUGAUUCCUGAAUUUGUGAGGCAUUUUGAUAUUUAG